GAGGACAUGAAUCAUAUCCGAGGACACAGAGCUGCCAAAAUAACAGCCGCAUUUACUGCAUUUAAAGUUAUCCGUUUAAGAGCCAAGGAGAACAGUUCAGCAUAUUUUGCAUCUAAACCACAGUCAGAUGUUUGAAUGUUAAGCUAUUAGAACAAUAAACCGAAGAUCGGAUCUCGUCUGAGGAAUUCACGCGGAUGUGACCGAGGCCUGCUAAAGCCUGUACAUUGAAGCUUUACAUCAGUGAUCAUGGCUGAAGAUCCACAGAGAAACUUCCGCUCGGCGUACUAUGAGAAGGUGGGUUUCAGAGGCGUGGAGGAGAAGAAAUCUCUGGAGAUUUUACUGAAGGACAAUCCACUGGAUGUGGAGAAGUUGAGCACCUUCAGUCAGAGGUUUCCUCUUCCGUCCAUGUACAGGAUACACGUGUGGAAAGUCUUACUGGGUAUUUUACCUCCUCACAGCGACUCUCACGCUCUGGUGUCUCGAUACCGUGCCGAGCAGUUCGAUGACGUCACUGCCGCUUUAAAAGCCAUGCGGUUCAUCCACUCGGCCACGCCCCCUACAGAGUUCUACCUGCGCAUGUAUCAGCUGGAGAGCCAACAGCUUCCCCGGAGGACUGAGCUGAGACCGCCGGAUGAGAAUGAUGAAAACUUCCUGUCUAUCGCCCGGGCGAUGGAGGAGAUCGUCGAUGACUCGGUGGACUGCUACUGGCUGAUCAGAUGCUUCAUCAACCAGUUUAAUCACAAGUUUGGAGACUCCAUCCCUCACCUGCCGAAGAGUCUGGAGCACUUCCUGUCUCAGGAGGACAGCUGUCUGUUGUCUCAUCUGAAGAUGUCCGGUGGUCUGGACUCUCUGCCGUACUCUCUCUGGUUCAGACGCUGUUUUGCAGGCUGUUUACCAGAGUCCAGUUUACAGAGGGUCUGGGAUAAGGUCAUCAGUGGCUCCUGUAAGAUCUUGGUGUUUGUUGCCGUGGAGAUUCUGCUCAGCUACAAGAUCAUGCUGAUGGGAAUGAGUCAACCGGAGGGAGUAUUUGACUUCCUGUCUAAUAUGCCGCAGGAAAACACAGACGCCAUAGUCACAAAAGCCAUUGACCUCUGGCACAAACACUGCGGGACGCCCAUGCACUCCGUAUGAGACCAGCCCACCGUUUAUGCUAAUGAGGACAUCACUACUUUUCUGGCUUUUUUAAAUGCGGCUACAACUUCAGUUUCAACUCCCUGACUUCGGAGGCCAUUGCAUUACAACUACACUUUAUAAACGUUGCUAGCCAUCCCAUUUCUGAACAGACACGAAACACAAGCUCACGACUCUCACUUUAUUACGUUUCUUUACACGAGGAUCUGCAUACAUAAUCCCAGAGUGACAGUCACAUGACAUGCACACGCGCUCUCUUUGCGGGUUUCUGAGCUAAUAGCAGCAGCGCAAGAGAGCGACGUUAAAGAACUGUAAAACACGUCUUAAUCGUUCAAAACAUGACUUUUGCUCUUCUGUGUGUUAAACACAGCUUAAAGUGAAAAUUUGGUCAUUAUGUUUGUCGUUUCAAACCCGUUUGCUGUCAUUUUGUUUAUAGGAGACAUUUCCUAUAAAACUAGCUCAUAGUGACAUCAUAGUCGCAAAUGACAGCAUAUGGGUUUGGAACUUCAUUAAUAAUAACGAUCAUUUUCAUUUAGGUUUUUCCUUUAAUGUUCAAUGCCCUGCCAAUGUGUUCAGUAUAAAAGUCAGUUAAAAAUAUUUAUAAAUAUUAACCAAAAAUCGUUGUCACACGUUGUUCGUUGCAAUCACUGAGAAUAAAAUUGUAAAAAAAAAAACAACACUGAUUUUUUUUCAUCCUUCUUGAAUAUGAGCGCCUGUUUUGGCAACAUGGUGCCCUCCAGGUCGGGCAGAGUUUAAAGGGUGUGCCCCAAAUAAAACACCCUACGUAGCAAACUUCAGCCAAACGCUUGUGUAUCAGAGUGUAGGGUGCUUAACCGCAGAGACAAAAGAGCAUUAAAGAGACAAAAAACAGGGACGUAUACUGGGGUGGGGUCCCAGCAAACAUCAAGAAUACAAUCAAGGCUUUAACGCAUUAUUGCUUUGUCCUGUCACAUCCAUCAAGAUCUCCUCCACUGUGAUUGGUCGGUGUAACGUGGGCGUGUCAUGAAGUUGUCCAAAAAUGCAGUAGAACAGAAAACUGUGAAUUAAAAGACAGAUAUUUGUAAUUUUGCUUGUAAUAACGCAAGUUGCUCUCUUUAUAAAAGUCUUUUCUGUUGCGUUUCUGUGUUUUGAGAACAGAAAUUAAAGGGGAAUUAUUUAGUAAAUCCACCACGUUCUCUGAUGCACUCAAAACUGUAAUCCGGGAAAAUAAAAUGAAUGGCGAAAACACAUAAUAUUCAGUUUUUAAAUGUUAUGCUUUAGAAUAUACACGUAUAUCAGAUAUAUAGCACAAAACAUGUGCUUUCUCGCAUGGACGUCAAUCUUCAAAUCUUUCCGCGGUGAAUUGGCCAGUGUACGCAGGGGCGAUAUUCCUGGAGGGCGAUCGCGGGAUCAGAUGCUCUGAGCUGCAUCCGAUCGGCGAGUCCUCCGGGGUGAUUCCCGAUUGCACUAGUCUCACUUCAGUCACCAACGUUUGA